AAGACUCAGGAAGGUAAAAACAAGGGGAAGAAGGCAGCUGAUACAAAACAGAAAAAGGCUGAUUUGGAUUCUACUUCUGCAGAUAUGAGGGAUGCUAAAGAGGGUCAUAAAGAAGAAGAUGAAACGCCUUCUGUUUCUGCUGUACUGUCCCUGGAACAAACAGCUGUGAUUCAGGAAAUGGUAAAUCAAGAUGUACUUCCAAAGCUGGUGAUCCCCAGUCCUACCAGUGAACCACAGAUGGUAACUGAAGAUAAACAAGGAGAAGCAAUGAACUGUGCAUCAGAUGAUUUAGAUGAUGAUGAUGAAGAGGAUGAUGAAGAGGAGGAAGAUGAAGAGGAGAUAGAAGAUGCCAAUAUGCCUAAAGAAAAUGCUGAAAUGCCUUUGAUAUGUGAAGAAAAGUUAGACUCUAUGGAAGAGCAAAAGAGUACGUCAGAAGAAUCUCCAGAAAGCUCUCCAAAGAAAAAGCUUGUUGUGAAAAUUCCAAAAGCGAGAGGUGAAUCAAAUGGUGACGUUCAGGAAACGUUCAUGUUUCCCUGUCAGCAUUGUGAGAGGAAAUUUACAACAAAGCAAGGACUUGAACGCCACAUGCACAUCCAUAUAUCUACUGUUAACCAUGCUUUCAAGUGUCGAUAUUGUGGGAAAGCUUUUGGUACUCAGAUUAACAGGCGAAGACAUGAGCGACGCCAUGAGGCAGGGCCGAAAAGGAAACCGUUCUUAACACUAACAUCAUCACAACACUUGGAGAACGUUGCUGAUAACCAGGUAAUUGUGGACGAUGGUCUUAAAGAUGACUUGAACAUUUCUGGUCUUGUGCAAGACUCUGUCUUGGAUUCUGAGAAAGUUUCCCAAGAAAUGUCAAACUCUGCUUUUGCUGAGGAAAAUAAGGAGCCCAAAGAAUUGCAUCCAUGCAAAUACUGCAAAAAGGUUUUUGGAACUCACACCAACAUGCGGAGGCAUCAGCGAAGGGUUCAUGAGCGUCAUCUUAUUCCCAAAGGUGUUAGAAGAAAAGGAUUCUUUACUGAAGAGCCACCGCUUCAGACAGAGCAGGCCCCACCGGUCCAGAAUGUAUAUAUAGCAAGUACAGAAAUAGAAGAGGAGGGUGAAGUAGAUGAUGUCUAUAUUAUGGAUAUUUCCAGCAAUAUCUCUGAAAAUUUAAAUUAUUAUAUUGAUGGUAAAAUUCAGUCCAACAGCAGCACAAGCAAUUGUGAUGUGAUUCAGAUGGAGUCCAACUCUGCAGACUUGUAUGGACUAAAUUGUAUAAUCAGUCCAGUCACAGUGGAAAUCUCCUCAAAUUUAAAGGUUACACAAACACAUGUGAAUGAAGCUCCCAAGGAACCCUCUAGCAGUGGGAGCAAUGAAUCCAAAAAGAGGAGAACUGCCAGCCCUCCUCUUGUACCAAAAAUAAAAACUGAAAUAGACCCAGAACCCAUAACUCCAACUAGUUCUUUAAACCUUCCUCUUAGCAUUUCAACAGAAAGCGUACCUUUUCAUAAAGAGAAAGGUGUUUAUUUGUCAUCAAAAUUAAAACAGCUUCUUCAGACACAGGACAGUAAGAAGAUAACUCCGUCAAGUGAAAUCCCUAAACUAGGACCUUCUGUUACAUCAUUGCCUAUUUUGCCUCCAGUAUCCAGUAGAUUUAAAAGAAGGACCAGCUCUCCUCCCAGUUCUCCACAGCACAGUCCAGUACUUCGAGACUUUGUCAAAUCAGGUGAGGGAAAAACUAUGUGGAAUGAUAAUAUUCGGAGUUCAAAAAUGCCAAAGUUAGAAAGCCACAGCAACUCACCUGCUUGGAGCUUGACUGGAAGGGAGGAAAAAGAGACUCUGAGUCCUCUCUGCUUUGAAGACUAUAAAAUAUCAAAAGACUGGACAGCAGCUCCUUCUUUUGGCAGUGUGUGCAACCAGCAGCCACUGGAUUUAUCUAGUGGUGUGAAACAAAGGUCUGAUGUCAAAAAUAAGAAUCAGGUUCCCUGGGAAUCUGUUUUAGACUUAAGUGUGCAUAAGAAGCCUUGCAGCGAUGCUGAAAUUAGGGAAUACAAAGAGAAUUCUGUACAGGCAACCUGUAGUGGUGUUAAAAAGAAGAAACCAACUACUUGCAUGUUACAGAAGGUUCUGCUGAAUGAGUAUAACGGAACGGACACAGCCACAGACAGCACACUUGGUGUAAACAGGAGUGCGAGCCCAAGCAAAUCCCUGGAGCCUCAGGCAGAACCCGACACGGAUCCCAGUCUGUCUGCAUCAUCUUCUGUUGACGCUCAGCCCCUUAGUUCCUCUGUUCCCCCUGUGCCACAGGCAUCUGCUGUACCUUCCAUGUGCCAGCUGCCUCCUUUGUUAACACCAACCAAUCCUCCUUCCCCACCGCCCUGCCCACCUGUGUUAACAGUUGCUACGUCACCUCCUCCCCUUCUCCCGACAAUGCCGUUACCAAUUCCAGAUGUCUCUGCCAGUGCCACUAACACUUCUUCUUGUCCAUCGCCACUUUCUAACACUACUACCCAGUCCCCGCUACCAGUUCUUUCACCUACGGUUUCUCCUUCUCCAUCUCCUGUUCCUUCUGUUGAACCUCUUAUUUCUGCUGCUUCACCUGGUCCUCCUACACUCUCUUCCUCGUCUUCCUCCUCCUCCUCUUCCUCCUCUUUCUCCUCCUCUUCAUCUUCAUCAUCUCCAUCUCCACCUCCUCUUUCUGUAGUUUCUUCUGUUGUUUCCUCUGCUGAUAAUCUUGAAAAUACUCUCCCAAUAAUAAAACAGGAGGAAGCUGAAAAUGAGCAACAGAAAGCAAGAGAAGAUCCUCAUACUUCAAGUGAAUCCGGAGUAGUGCAGGAAACAUUCAAUAAAAGCUUUGUGUGCAAUGUCUGUGAAUCACCUUUUCUUUCUAUUAAAGACCUAACGAAGCAUUUAUCCAUUCAUGCUGAAGAAUGGCCCUUCAAAUGUGAAUUCUGUGUACAGCUUUUUAGGGAUAAAACAGACUUGUCAGAACAUCGCUUUCUGCUUCAUGGAGUAGGAAAUAUCUUUGUUUGCUCGGUCUGUAAAAAGGAAUUUGCCUUUUUGUGCAAUUUGCAACAGCAUCAGCGGGAUCUGCAUCCAGACAAAGAGUGCACGCAUCAUGAGUUUGAAAGUGGAACUUUGAGACCCCAGAAUUUUACUGACCCCAGUAAGGCAAACGUGGAGCACAUGCAGAGCCUGUCAGAAGAUUCUUUGGAAACUUCUAAAGAGGAGGAAGAUGAAGAUCUAAAUGAUUCCUCUGAAGAGCUUUAUACUACUAUAAAAAUAAUGGCUUCUGGAGUAAAAUCUAAAGAUCCAGAUGUUCGUAUGGGCCUCAAUCAACACUACCCAAGCUUUAAACCACCUCCAUUUCAGUAUCACCAUCGUAAUCCUAUGGGUAUUGGGGUUACUGCAACAAACUUCACCACCCACAAUAUUCCACAGACUUUUACUACUGCCAUUCGAUGCACAAAAUGUGGGAAAAGUGUUGAUAACAUGCCUGAGUUACACAAACACAUACUGGCCUGUGCCUCUGCCAGUGAUAAAAAGAGAUACACGCCUAAAAAAAAUCCAGUACCACUGAAACAGACAGUGCAGCCUAAGAAUGGCAUGGUGGUUAUAGCUGGCCCUGGAAAGAAUGCCUUCAGACGAGUGGGUCAGCCUAAAAGACUUAAUUUCAAUGUUGAGAUUAGCAAAAUGUCUUCAAAUAAACUAAAAAUAAGUGCAUUGAAAAAGAAAAACCAACUUGUCCAGAAAGCUAUCUUGCAAAAAAAGAAAUCUGCCCAGCAGAAGGCAGAAUUGAAAAAUCAUCCAUCCCAGUCAGACUCUCACAUCUGCCCCUACUGUAAUAGAGAGUUUACUUACAUUGGAAGUUUGAAUAAACACGCAUCAUAUAGCUGUCCCAAAAAACCCAUCUCUCCCUCCUCUAAAAAGAAUUCUUCAAAAAAAAGUGCAAACAGUGAAAAAGGCAACAGCCAGCGUAGGCGAACAGCAGACGCAGAAAUCAAAAUGCAAAGCAUGCAGCCUCACUUGGGCAAGACAAGAGCACGAACCUCAGGACCUGCACAAAUCCAGCUUCCCUCUGCAUCCUUCAAAUCAAAACAAAACGUUAAAUUUGUACCUCCCAUUCGAUCUAAAAAGCCAAAUUCAUCUUCGUCAUUGAGGAACUCUAGUCCUGUAAGAGUGUCCAAAAUGUCCCACGUUGAUGGGAAAAAAACUAAGGUGGUCGCUAAGAACAGUUCCUCUGGAAUCUCGAGCAAAGCAUCCCGGAAAUUGCACGUCAGAAUACAAAGGAAUAAUAAAGCUGUUUUGCCAAGUAAGUCUGCUGUGGCAAGUAAGAAAAAAGCUGACAGAUUCACUGUAAAAUCUCGAGAGAGGAUUGGAGGACCUAUAACACGGAGCCUACAGCAGGCGGCAAAUGCAGAGGCAGCAGAAAACAAAAGAGAUGAAAGCAGUACAAAGCAAGAACUGAAAGAUUUCAGUUACAGACUCCGCAUGGCCUGUAGAUGUCCUUCCUCCUCUUCGCAUAACACCAGCACCAGACAACGCAAGAAAUCCAGCUGCUCUGCAUCCCACUUCUGCAAGGAAUAG